UUGAAUUCUAUUUUUGCUUUUGUGAUACACACACACACACAGUUUUGGAUUGAAUACAAAAAAAAAAAUGAUGUCGUCAUUAUUGGAAUCAAAUAUCAUCGAUAAUGAUGAAAAUUAUGAAACAACCACAACAUGGAAACAACAAUCAAUUUCAUUGCUAUUCACCAUUUUUCUUUCAAUAUUAUAUCCAGCUUCACUUUAUGUUUGGCGUGAUUCAGCCCGAAUUGAUCGUAAUGAUCCAAUGAUUAUAAAAAGAAAUUUCUUUAGCGUCACAAUCAUAUCGUUGAUUUCAUUACAAUUAUUAAAUCUAUUUCGACAAUUCACUAGAACUUUGCCACCAGAUUCACCAUUAAUGGCCGAUUCAACAAUUAUUAUUAAUUAUUUUAUUUAUAAACAUUAUCCAAAUAAUUGGAAUCUUAUCGCUGAUUGUGUGAUCAAACCGAUGAUGUUCAUUAUGAUUCUAUUUAUUGGACCAAUUUUUUGCGAUUUAAAUUUAAAUAAUAUACGAAAUUAUAAAAUUAUAAUGAAUAGAACAUCUAUAUACAAUAUGAUUCAAUCAUCAUAUAAUUUAUCAAUAUUGAAAAUAUUACGAAAUCUUAUUGUUGCACCAUUUACUGAAGAAUUUUUAUUUCGCGGUAUAUUGAUCGCCAUUCUAUCACCAUUUUGGUCAAAAUUAUCAUGUAUAUUGAUAUCAUCAACAUUAUUUGCAUUGAUGCAUACACAUUCAUGUUUGGUACGAUAUUUUAUUAAUGAUAAAUACGAUUCGGAUGAUAUUAUCGCUACAAUUAUUCAAUGUAUUUAUACCGGUUUUUUUGGUAUUAUUGCUGCCGUACAUUAUCUAUCAUACGGUCAUCUUGUUACACCUAUUCUGUUGCAUUUCUUUUGUAAUCUUAAUGGUUUACCAGAUUUUCCAAGGAUAUUGGAAAAUCGUUUCUAUUUUCAUUUAACUAUUGUUGGAUUUACAAUCUGGUUUUAUUAUUUCAUUAAUCUAUUCAUAACAUUAUUAUGAUUCAUUCUUGGACCAUUUACCACAAACAAACACAUAUUGACUAGUCAUUUUAAUUGGCCUGCUACUCUAUAAUUGAUGAUCAUAACAAAUGUCAGAAAAAAAAUAACCAAAAUUCAUUUGCCAAAAAAUUAAAUAAAAAACAAUAAAA